AUGCCACCUCUUCCAGGCCCACGACCACUACCAAUUAUAGGAAACCUCUUAGACCUUGAUCUAGAGAAUACGAUACAGAGCUGGGUAGACCUCGCUAAAACUUAUGGCCCAAUCUAUAAACUACGACUAGGCGGUGCCGAUAGAAUAUUUGUUACCGGCUAUGAACUAGUCAAUGAGAUUUGUUCUCGAAAUGACUUCGUGAAAGUCCCUGUCGGUCUUGUACGAUCACAGAAGGAUCUAACGCCGGAAGGGCUUUUCACAGCCGACUAUGGUCAAGAAAGCUGGGCAAUUGCCCAUAGAACAUUAGUGCCAUCAUUCGGCCCUUUACCUAUUCAAAACAUGUUCUCCGAAAUGCACGACAUGAUCUCCCAAUUGGUCUUGAAGUGGGCUCGCUUUGGUGAAGAGAAUCCAAUCGACGUCACGGCUGACUUCACGCGACUUACACUUGACACCAUUGGUCUCUGCGCCAUGGGGAUGCGGUUUAAUUCCUUUUACACAAAUGAACUACAUCCUUUUGUUACAGCAAUGAUAGCUACCUUAUCCGAGUCUCAAUUGCGAUCGGUCCGGCCUCGUUGGCUAUCUUGGCUCCUAUGGGGAGCAAGCUAUAAAUUUGAUGAAAAUUCUCGUUUGCUCCACGAGAUUGCUGGACAAGUCAUUGCCAAUAGGCGAGCCAAUCCUUCCAACAGAAAAGACCUUCUUAACGCCAUGCUCAAUGAACCAGAUCCUAUUACAGGAGAGAAUCUCUCGGACCAAAUUGUAAUUGACAACAUGAUCACAUUCUUGAUUGCUGGACACGAGACAACUUCUGGUCUACUCUCUUUCCUCUUCGCAUUUCUGAUGUCGAAUCCAGAAAAGUAUAGGAAACUUCGAGAAGAGAUCGACAACGUAUUAAGAGGCGGGUCUCUUACGCCGGACCAUUUGAGCAAGUUACCAUAUACAAAAGCUUGCUUGAAAGAAUCUUUACGGCUUUACCCUGUUGCUGCUGGUUUUUCCCUUUCUCCUAUUGGUGACAAGCCAGCAACUCUGGGCAAUGAGUGGGUGAUCAAACCAAGCGACUGUUGCGUGAUCCUUCUUCCCAAAUUACACCGAGACCGUGGCAUUUUCGGCUCUGACGCCGACGAGUUCAAACCGGAAAGGAUGCUAGAAGAAAACUUUAAGAAGUUACCACCAAAUUGCUAUAAGCCGUUCGGUCAUGGAUCCAGGGCGUGUAUUGGGAGUGAUUUUGCCAUGCAAGAGGCUAUUAUGGCUACAGCAAUCCUGGUGCAAAAGUUCGACUUCAGGAUGGUGGAUCCUGAGUGGAAGAUGGCCAUAAAGCAGACAGGGACGCUCAAGCCUCGUGGUCUCUUCAUGUAUGCUAAACUCCGACCGAGUGUCAAUAUCUUAACUUUGCAACGGGAUUUACAUAAAAUUCCAACCUAUGUCGAUUUUUUUGGAUCCAACACGGGAACUUGCAAGGGUCUGGCAGAGAGACUAGCAGUAUUGGCUAAGCGGCGAGGAUUCAUCUGCGCCAUACGUCCACUAGACGAGACGGUACAAAAUGGUCUCCUAGAUACUCGUCCUAUUGUCUUUGUUUCAUCUACCCAUUACGACGGACAACCGCCUGAUAACGCAACUAAGUUCCUCGCCUGGUUAAGUAGCCAAGAUGGCAGUAGCCUGACAAAGGUGAAAUACGCCGUGUUCGGUUGUGGCAAUCGGGAAUGGCAGGAUACGUACCAGGCAAUUCCAGCCUUCAUUGACAACACCCUAGAAAAGCGUGGAGCUUAUCGUAUUUCCCAAAGGGGCAUAGCGGACGCCGGUGAAGGUAAUAUCCUGGGCGACUUCGAAACAUGGCUCGCGUCUGUGUUCUGGCCUGCAAUUGAUAGUUUAUAUGGUAACAAGGCAAGCGACGACAGUAUCCUGAGCUGUAUCGAUUCUGAAAUGGCUUCAAAAGCCAGAGUACUGCAAAUCAAAUCUUUGACAACCGAUGAAGAUCGUCCCAAAUUUCACAUGGAGAUUGAUCUCCCAGGAGGUACUUCGUACGAAGUGGGAGAUUAUCUCGAAAUCUGCCCACAAAACCCCAAACAGCACGAGGAAAAGCUCCGACAAAUCCUCAAAGCAAACAGCAUUGACCCAUCAAUAGAGGCGACUUGCUCUCAGUAUGAGCUCAACCGGCCUGCAAGUUCCAAGCAAGUCGAAGCACUCAUCCGGGCCUGUCGAAACGAGCAAGACAUUUCUUCGCUCAAGGCCAUUCAAGAAAGCCUUUCCAAAACGCCGCCUCCUUCCCAUCGUCCAUCAAUUAUACAGCUCCUCACUGCACAUCCCAGCAUAUCAUUUUCUAUAACGCAGCUCACCGCCAUCCUACCACCCAUACAACCUCGCCUCUACUCCAUUUCCUCAUCCCCUCUCACGUCGCCCUCAAAAUGUACGCUCACUUGGUCGCUCAUAACACAAAAUAGUGGCGACCCGGGCCUCGCAUCGUACUACCUUGCAGCUCUCCAGCCCGGCGCCUCCCUUUCCUGCAGCGUGCGUCCUGGAAAUCCGCGCUUCCGCCCACCUCAAGAUCCAUCGACACCCGUCGUUAUGAUAUGCGCUGGUGCUGGAAUCGCGCCAUUUAUGGGGUUUGUUGCGCAUCGCGUCGCACAGAUACAGAAUAAUUCUUCUGUUACACGCGCACCCACAGUCCUAUUCGUUGGUUGCCGCACCCCCCAACAUGCGCCGUACAAGACCGAGCUAUCGCGCUACGGCCAAGGCGUCGUUGAUGUGCGAUACGCAUACUCGCGCACCGGGCACAACGAUGGACAGUUUUCCGGGUACAUCCAAGAUCGUGUGUGGGCAGAUCGUGAAGAGUUGGCCGCGUUGUGGGAUGCUGGCGCGCGUGUUUACGUGUGCGGCAGUCGAGCCUUUAGCCAGGGGGUUAAGGAGGUGGCGCGGCGGAUAUAUAAGAAGGUGGCUGUGCGUCGGUGUGGCGCAAAGACGGAAACUGAGGUCGACGAGUGGUGGGUUGACAUCUUAAAGGAGAGGUACGCGGUGGAUGUAUUCUAA